UGGCCCCGUAGGGCAACAAGGAUGGUUCGUUUUGACCGUGCUUAUUUGUGCCAUAAGAUAUCUAUCCUAAUUGGCAGCUAUUUGGGUUCUUCUGUCAGCCGAACUCCCGUUUUUGAACUGUGGUCACUAAAUAAAGGGGUUCUGACCUGGGAAAGCCCAUGUAUUCCUCUCAUUGGAUGGGGAGCGGGGACAGUGUCUCCGGCGAUCUUGAGAAUAGGAGGGAAUGUUGACCAGGGAGCACCGCUGCGGCCGAUCAGAGGAGCAGGAACCGGAGCCCGGGCUGAGUCCGAAAAAAGCCGGAUCCGGACGGUGGCUCCGGAACGGCUGGAAGUGGAAGAUGGAGGAGGCGGAGGAACCGGCGGACAGUGGGCAGUCGCUGCCACCGGUUUACAUCUACAGUCCCGAAUAUGUCAGCAUGUGCGACUCCCUGGCAAAAGUCCCCAAACGGGCCAGUAUGGUACAUUCUUUGAUUGAAGCAUAUGCACUGCAUAAGCAAAUGAGGAUAGUUAAGCCCAAAGUGGCCUCCAUGGAGGAGAUGGCCACCUUCCACACUGAUGCCUAUCUGCAGCAUCUCCAGAAGGUCAGCCAAGAAGGAGAUGAUGAUCAUCCAGACUCCACAGAAUAUGGGCUAGGUUAUGACUGCCCAGCGACCGAAGGGAUAUUUGACUACGCAGCUGCUGUAGGAGGGGCUACAAUCACAGCGGCCCAAUGCCUGAUUGAUGGAAUGUGCAAAGUAGCGAUUAACUGGUCCGGAGGGUGGCAUCAUGCAAAGAAAGAUGAAGCAUCUGGUUUUUGUUAUCUCAAUGAUGCUGUCCUGGGAAUAUUACGGUUGCGACGGAAAUUUGACCGUAUUCUCUAUGUGGAUUUGGAUCUGCACCAUGGAGAUGGUGUAGAAGAUGCCUUCAGUUUCACCUCCAAAGUCAUGACGGUGUCCCUGCACAAAUUCUCCCCAGGAUUUUUCCCAGGAACAGGUGAUGUGUCUGAUGUUGGCCUAGGGAAGGGACGGUACUACAGUGUAAAUGUGCCCAUUCAGGAUGGUAUCCAGGAUGAGAAGUAUUACCACAUCUGUGAAAGUGUACUAAAGGAGGUAUACAUAGCCUUUAGCCCCAAAGCAGUGGUCUUACAGCUGGGAGCUGAUACAAUAGCUGGGGAUCCCAUGUGCUCCUUUAACAUGACUCCAGUGGGACUUGGCAAGUGUCUUAAGUACAUCCUUCAGUGGCAAUUGGCAACGCUCAUUUUGGGAGGAGGAGGCUAUAACCUUGCCAACACAGCUCGAUGCUGGACAUACUUGACCGGGGUCAUCCUAGGGAAAACACUAUCCUCUGAGAUCCCAGAUCAUGAGGAGAUCUCGAAGGCCAACCAACUUUAAUUUCUCAAUUAAUUACAGAGACUGUGGGAAGGGGUCACCUAUUCACACAAAGAACUCUUUGGAUUAUGUGCAUAUUUUCAGUCCCUAGUCUCAAAAUACAAGGGACAAUUUUUUAAAUGUAUAAGCUGGGUUCUCUUCUAUCUUUAAAAAGUCCCAUAGGUGACAUGUCACACCUAUGUUAGUUGACGGUAGUCCUGGUCUCUCAAAUUUUUUUGACUAAUAUAAAGUUUACAAAACCCGUAAUCACCACAAAGACAGAUCUGAUGUUUUUCCAGUGAUUAGUGGCACACAGAGGUUGGGACAGAACCAUCCAAACCAUGAAACACAUUGUUUGAACCCUUGCCGUUUUCUUUAGUCAUAUGAGAUGGUUAUGUGUUUUCCAUAGCAAAGGUGUCUGUCCUAGUUUUCCCAAAACAGGUUACUAGAAAGCUAUCUGAGACCUGUGAGUGUGCUGAUAAUCCCUUUUCUGAAGAUGUACCCCUUUUCUUCCCACCCUCCCCUACCUACACUUGGCAGGAAGCACGUUGUAAUAGAUCAGGAUGUAUAGCUGCAGGCCUUAUACUGUGUGACUUAUUAUAAUGAACCAGUACCUACAACCCCACCUUCUCAAGCCAUUUCCCAAGGAGUAAAGAUGGUACUUUGGUUAUAAUAUUUUGAUGCCUGCUAGAUGCAGAAGCUGUAUACUUGGGACCAUUAUGCUUGUUAAAGUUACUAUUUUUUUUUAAUUAGAAACAACUUAAAACUAAUUUCGUUCCAGUUUUCUUCUAACCACAGAUGAGGUAUAUUAUGUAUCUCAGGAAAACCACUCAAUGUGUCUAGAAUACAAAUAGAAGGCACAUUAUAAUUUGAAACAAUUUGCUGGUGUCAGGGUUAAUAGAAGUCUCUUUUCUUGAUUUGAUUUACCUUUAUUCAGUAUUUGGAAUCAUUAUGAAAUAUAAAGGUAAGCAAGCAAAUUACAUGAACAAAUGUAAUUGCUAUUAUUGCUGUGAGAAUAUCUCAGAUUGCAUUAUAAUUUAAAGCACUGAGAUUUUAAAAGCUGAUCAGGUAAUGUUAAAAAAAGUUUUAAGCUGUAGAAGCCUCAAUUGAAAAUAAAUGUUCUGUUCCUAGGAAAUAAUGCAAAUCUGUAGAUUCAUCUGUCUUAAAAGGUUGAUAAAAUUUUAAUAAAGAUGAGUACUGUCUCUGGUACCUGGAGAAGCUAUGUGCCUGAAUGAAUGUGGGCUUGGGCUUAUAGAUAGACAUGUCCUGUCUUUAUACUGGCAUCUUCUGCCAGAUUAAAUGAGGCUUAAAUAUGUCAAGUGCCUAACACAGAGUUCUUGGCACAUAAUAGGCACUCGUGAAAUGCAAGUUUUCUCGUUCCCCUUUGCAUGCUAAUAACUUCUCUUACCCAGACAUUUAUGACUUUGUCAUUCAUAAAUUUGUCCAAACCCUUUUCAAAUCUCUUCUGUCAUAUCCUUCUGGUGUAAGAAAUGUGAGUCAUCCAAGAAGGAACAAAUAAGAAAAUUGAAAUGACAGACUUCCAGGUACAAUAAGAUAACAUUUUAAUGAAAAUUGCCAAAAAUAGGCUAUGCAGUGUGAAGGCAUAUAUAACUUUUAUGCCACAGUACACCAUUGCACACAAAUAUCUUUGUUGUCCUCUGUAAUCAGAUCAACAAAUAGUACAUCAAAAAAUAUCUACUGAACACCCAUUGUGUGCCAGGCACAAAUCUAGGUGUCUUGGAAGAUGCAAAGAUGUUAAGACUUCAUCCCCUACCUCAGGCAGCUUGGGACAGAGGGUGGUGUAAGUGCUGGGGAGCUAUGUAGAUAUACAAAUAAUUAUAUUACAGAGCAGAAUAAGAACCACAGGACAGUAUGAACAAUAGCUAUGGAGAUGUGCAUCAAAUCCAGAAGGCAUACAUAGGAGUAUACAAAACAUCCUGCCCUCGGGAGCUGAAAAUGUAAUUGAGAAAUCCAGACGGUGAAAAAGUCACGACAGUACAGCAGUCAGCUGCAGUCUGGGUGACCCCCCUCACUGUUUCCACUCUCAGUCUUGGGCCUUUGUUCUUCUGUCUCCUAGGAUAAUAAUCUUCCUCCUACAGAUGCCCUCUCCCAUCUCUCUACUGUCUUUCUACAACCAGCUUCAAGCCCUAUGGCUUUAAAAGUCCCUUACCUAAACAUACCAAAGCCCUCUGAGUUCUUCCUUCACAUUCACUUGUUCCUUCAUUCAUUUAACAAAUACUUAUACUACUUGCUAGGCCUUAUUUAGACCUAGAUUCAGUGGUACAAUGAUUAACAUAAAUCUAGUGCCCUCAAAAAUCUCAUCAUCUAAUAAAGGUGACAGAAUAAUGUGCACAAAUCCAGGACAGAUGAGAAGCACUGAGGAAAUGUUUCACCAAGACUUUGAACUGAAUCUUAGAGGUUGACUGGGAGUGUGCCAAGUGAAGAAGAGGGACAGGAUUCUAGGCAGGGGGAACAGAGAUUGGAAAGGACAUUGGUGCUUCAUGGGACCAAUAAAGUUUGAUAUCGUGGUAGAAUAUAGGGUUUAUGAAAGAGUGUGGGAAGGGUUAGGGCUUGAAUAGAAAUUGAAGCCAGAUUACGAAGAGCCCUGAAUGUUGCACUAAAGAGUUCAGAAAUUUUUUUCCUUGAAAACAAAUGAGCUUUGAUGUUUAGAAAGCUCACUUGGGAAAGCACAGUGGAUUGCAAAAGAGAGAGACUUGAGACAGGCAACCCUGUCAAAAUGUCUCAGUACAGUUCUAUAGCACUUAUAGUCUGUAUCGUUCAUUUUGGUCAACUGUUUUGGUUGUCUGCCUUCCCCCUCAGUGCUUAGAAGAGUGUUAACCACCCACCUAGUUGGUGUUUGUUCAUCGAAGGCACACCUGAAUAAAUGAGUGUUUGAAUAAUAAGUGUCUCAACAUUCACACUGGGAAACACCUACUUUUAAGAUGGAAGAAUUAGAAGUAUAAUCUAGCCUUUUGCCAUAAACAAUUUAACCCCAGCAGCAACUACCCAUUCUUUGUAGGAAGUACCAAGCAUCCCAGCUGUAGGAACUAGAUAUAUCUAUGGGAAAACACUACAUUGCCAGUGAAGGAAAAGGAGUUGGGAAGGCAAGCCCAGCACAAAUAUUAGAAGUGAUUAGUGGUACUAUUUCAAUCACAGUCCUCAGUAGAUACAAAAACUCUAAUGCCUUAAAGCAUUAGAAAGCUGAGAGGAAUGGAGCCUGUCCAUGUGACUGACCCUGGUAUUGCUACGAUAGGGCAAGCCUAAAGGUGACAUGGGGUCCCAUAAAAACAACCAGUAUGUGACAAAUUUAGCAGAUACCUACUCCAUGUAAUAAGGCUGAUGGGUGUUAUAUAUAAGAAUGUGCUGUAACCCAGGAAUACUCUUCAGAUCCUAUGAUCUAGGCUAUAGUAAGACAGUUAAAUUAUAUCAUGUAUUCAUAUAUACAGAUAUAUCAAGUAUAUGUACGUACGUGAGUCAUCAGGUAGGUUUAUUAACAAAGUUAAGUGAACAAAAUACAUUUACUUAACCAGACCACUUUUGAUGGACUGGUUGGAUAAACUAUAUCUCAUUCAUAUGAGGGAAUUUAUGUAGCCACUGAAAAGAAUUAAGUCAAUUUAUAUACAAGUAUACGUUACUCAUGUAAAACAAAUCUUUGCACUAAAUCUGUAGAUUGAUUUGGGGAGAAAUAACAUCUUAACAUUAGUUACUCUUUCAAUCCAUGAAUUUGCUCUAUCUUUCCAUUUACUUGUCUUUAAUUUCAAUUUUUAAUUUACACUUUUCAGUGGACAGUUCUUGCACAAUUUUGUUAAAUUUGUCCCUAAGUAUUUUCAUGAUUUUGAUGUUAUUAUAAAUGAUAUUUUUAAAUUUCAAUUUCCAAUUGUUUGUUGCUAGAAUGUAGAAGUACAAUUUAUUUUUCAUAUUGAUUUUAAAUAAUGUAACAUUGCAAUAUUCAUUAGCUCUAGUAGCUUUUUUGUAGAUUCCUUAGCAUGUUCCAUGUAUACAAACGUGAUCUAUGAAUAAAGAGAGUUUUACUUAUUCCUUUACAAUCUUCAUGCCUUUUAUUUCUUUUUCUUGCCUUAUUACACUCGUUGGGACCUCCAAUGC